CUCAGGGAGCCUCUACCCCAAUUUGCUGACUUCCAAAGUGGCUGCUGCCGUCCUGGAUAACUGUGGCUCUGAAAAUGAACCGCUUCUGCCUCUCAGUUGCCAUCUGGAAGCACCGCUCCUGGCUGCUGGCUGCCAUCUUCCUAGUUUUGCUGCUGCUCCUCAGGCAGCUGACCAAGCAAGAAGUACUACGGAUCAAUCCUGGAGAAGAGCUCUUGAGCCUGCAACGGAAGAGCGCGCCUACUCGCACCCUGGCUGCUCAGCAGGUGGCGGGAAAGACUGGCUUCGGGGAGCAGGGGGGCCUCAACGUCGUCUUUCUGAAGACCCAUAAAACAGGCAGCAGCACAGUGCAAAACAUCCUUUUCCGGGCCAGCGAGCAGCACAACCUGAUCGUGGCGUUCCCCCUCUACUCCUACCAGUUCGCCUACCCAGAGCGCUUCUCCAGGGCAUUUGUGGAGGACCUCCCACCCGGGGCGGCUCAUCACAACUUGCUGUGCAGCCACAUGAGGCUAGACCUCGGGGCGGUGCAGGCCCUCAUGCCGCCCCAGAGCAUCUUCCUUACCAUCUUGCGCCACCCGGUGCAGACCUUUGAAUCUGUCUUCCACUACUACCGCAACAUGGUGCCUGCCUUCCAGCCGCUGGCCAACCACUCCAGGCCCCUCCUUGCUUUCCUGGAGGCAUCCGCUCAGUAUUACAAUGCCCAGGAUGUGAGCAACGGGCUGGCCAGGAACCCCAUGGCCUUUGACCUGGGCUUGGAUGCAAGUCAGGAGGAAGCGUCCAGCAACCAGUGGCUCAGGGAGCUGGAGAGGCUCAAUCAGACUUUCCACCUGGUGAUGAUUGCAGAGCACUUUGACGAGUCUCUGCUCCUGGCCCGGGAGUUAUUAGGACUAGACAUGGAGGAACUGGUGUACGUCAGGCUCAACGUCCGCCAGAAGGAGGGGGAGCCUCUCUCGAAGGUGAUGGUCCAGAAGAUCCAAGCCUGGAACUGGUUUGAUGUUCAACUCUACAAAUAUUUCCAGAGUGUCUUCUGGCACAAGGUGGAGCGUUAUGGCUACAUGCGCAUGAAGCGAGAGUUAGACACCUUUCGGGGGCUGCUGCGGGAGACUGUGGCCAGGUGCCUGGCAAGGGAUUCUGUUAGACCAGAGGAUAUGGCUGAUGACCUGCGGCCUUGGCAGCCAGGCAGCGCCACCAUUCUGGGGUACAGCCUGAAGCAGAACCUCACCUACGCCCAGUACGGCACCUGUUUUCGCAUGGUCUUACCUGAGCUCCAGUACCACGCUUACCUCUAUUACAGGCAAUAUGGAAAGGACAUGCGCCCUCUCCCUGCCACAUAG